UACAAUAAUGUAAGUACCAAAACAAUAAAUUUCAAAAACCUAACCUGGAGGUUGAUGUCAGGUUGACAAUUGAUAAAAUUAUAAAAAUUAUUAUUCCUUAAAAAAAGUUGGGGCUCCUGUAUUAAUAAUUAUGACAGACCGACUCAGAGAAGAAUGGUACGAACAAAAUCGAGACAAUUCUGAAAUCACAGAGUUCAAAUGUAAAUGCUUGUUUCGCAAUGGUCACAUAUUCGAAAUAAACGCCAUAAUGGAUGAUAAAUUGAUUGAAUUCUGCCCUGUGGGCGACAUGGUUUGCAUUUUCAUGAUAUAUCUGGAAUACAUAAAAGGAUACACCGCUGAAAACUUCAGGAUAACUGUGAAUCCUGAAGGGAAUCCACUCUGUGGUGUUCAGUGGUUUCAGUUUGAUGAUCCACGCGAUUUCAGGGCGGCAUUGGGACAUUUAGAAAGAUUUAAUAGGCAAAGUGAAUUAUGCAGCUCAAAUGAUUUACCACACAUAUGUGAAAAAUAAAAAUAAAAUACAUUGAAACAUAAAUUGUGGCAAAAAGUACAUUUUUGUAAAAUAUAUAAUUGUUACAUAAUUUAUACAUAACUUUAAAUAAAAUUGGUCCCAAAGAAAAGUA